GCACUAGCUUGGGUUGCCACGCAGGGAUUGAUUGCUAUCCCAGGCACGACUAAAGCCUCACGUCUGGAAGAAAACUGGGCGUCUCGAGAUGUCGUGCUGACGGAAGAGGAGUUAAAGAGGAUACGAAGGAUUGUAGACGAUGCUAAGCCGGUUGGAGAGAGGUUCUCUGCCAUCUUCCAGUCGAUAGUCGGUCACUAG